AUUUAGCUGAUUUACCCACUUUGUCGGGUGCAAGAAGUCAAACUGCACAAAUUUGUCAGUUGGGGAGGAAAAGGCCAAUAACCAUUCAUGUUGCUGUGCAACAUCGGGGCAAUCUUUUCCGGUUGAAAGUUAAGUCUCUUUGUUGACAUUCAACUUGUUUUUCGGCUUUGGUACGUUGCCCUUGGUUGGCGACAAAAAAAACUCUAAGAUAACAAGGAGAUGCAACAUUAUUUUAAAAUGAUUGAGACAAACAAGUGCACAGCUACAGCAUUUGUCAGUUGACAAUGAUGAAGGACAACAAAACAAACGCCACUAGACAAGUACACUUUGCCAAUGGUUUCCCUCCGAAAGGUUUGGUACAAGCUGCUGUUCCAUAUGGACGGUCAUCUUAUACAUCACCUGCAGGGCAUUAUAUAAGCUUGGAUGAAGUAUCGCCUGGCCGAGUGGGAAGGACACAUCGGACAAUUCCACCCCUUGCUAAGGGGCGUGGUCAGUUCUGUAGUGUGAAAGCCAGACAAGAAGAUGAUCGAUAUAGAAGGAGGCCAGAUCCCUUCAAAUUGCCUAAGGCUGCUGAGAAAACUGGAUUUUCUGCUUCACAAAUCAAGCGUGCCCAGCCCAGAAUGAUACGACUGUGCCGCUCAACUGAGCCACCAUCCCCUACGCCAGGAACUUCAACUAUGUACAAUCUGAAAAAUUUGGCAAGGAGGUCAGUUUAUUCAACCCCACCAAACAGGCCUCUGGAAAGUGAUUUUGAAGACAAUAUUGUUUCACCAUCAGUGGAACUCAAGUCCAAAAACAGCAAAAUUAUAUCUGAUGUUGAGAAAGAAAGUAUUCAAGCAGAGCUUGCUGGGCUAGGGGAAGUUUACCAGCGAGUGUGUCAUGGGAAAUUGGAGUCACUAUACAGUUUGCUGUAUCCAAGCCGAAGAGAGGCAAAACGGGGACCAUUUCAAUAUAUCAACACUUCUGCACCGGUGCCUCUGAGAACUCCAAAGGUUAAUCAACAUUACCAUGUCAAGAAGCCUACUAAAGAACAAAGUCCUGUCAAGGCAGAAACAGAUGAAACAAAUGAUGUCCAGAAGACAAAGCAUGAGGACAAUGGAUCCUCUUUCCUAUCUGAUUCAGAGGCGAAGCAAAUCGAGGGGAAAUUGGAGUCACUAUACAGUUUGCUGUAUCCAAGCCGAAGAGAGGCAAAACGGGGACCAUUUCAAUAUAUCAACACUUCUGCACCGGUGCCUCUGAGAACUCCAAAGAUUAAUCAACAUUACCAUGUCAAGAAGCCUACUAAAGAACAAAGUCCUGUCAAGGCAGAAACAGAUGAAACAAAUGAUGUCCAGAAGACAAAGAAUGAGGACAAUGGAUCCCCUUUCCUAUCUGAUUCAGAGGCGAAGCAAAUCGAGAAUAACUCUAGACCAAUAUUGAUUCCACUUCCAUACAUCAGAUCAGACAUUGGUCUGACAACACCCGCUAAACAGCAAAACCCAGCUUACCAUGUGCCAUACAUCUACAGCAAUAGAAACUCUAAAGCAGUUAUGCGGCAUUCCCACACAUCCAAUAAGACAGCUAUACCAGCUGUUAUAAACUUUAAUCCGAUGAACAUUCCAGAGCUAAGUCGUCCAGGAACAAAGAAUGGUCCGCUGAAUGGAGGUGCAAUCACUCUACUUCACACCACAACAAAUGUUGCUGCAGAUGGUCCAACGGAAAAUUCCAUACCUGCACCAUUUGUCUCCCCUGGUCCUUAUAAAGGGACCACGCCCAGCCAGACGCCAGCACUGGUUGACGACAAGAUUGAUUUGUGUGGUAAACUAGAUAUAGAAAGCGUUGACUCCGAAACAGACUCCCCUUCUAGGGGUGUUACUGGCAGUUCUCCGGAUAAUAAACACGAAGCAGAAGGAGAAGAGAAUCCUGUGGAUCAGAAGGAAAAUAACAAUACUGAAAAUGUUAUGGAAGUAAUUGUAACAAGAGGAAUUCGGUUGAGUUUGACUACAGUCGGAGGCGUUCAAGGUGGUGUGGAGAUUUAUGAUUAUUCGAAAAGAGACAUUGAGAGUGAACAACAGGCUGCAAAGCACAUUGAGGAAUUGGAGGAAAUAGGAGAGAAAAAGAUGAAAGAGUAUAUCGAACUUCUUGAAGAACACCAACAUAUUUUGGACGAAGUUAAACAGCUUGAAGAAGACCUUCAUAACAAACCUAAUAAAUAGCCAGUCAUAAAUAUGGCUGAACGAUCUGGGGCAUAAAUGCUAAGGAUUGUAACAAACACAUAAUAGAAUUCUGUUGAGCUGUUCCAUGCAUGGAUAUGAUGGCCUCCAUCACUCCAAGCUGAGUCCUAUUUUAGAACUGUUGUUAAUAAUAUUUUUUCCUCAGUCUGUCUUUCGAGGUUUCCUUGACAGUCGUAGCAAACACAUAAGUAAUCAAAUUAUUUUAUGUACAGAUUGCAGUGUUUUUAAUAUGCCAUCAGAGCUAUUUGCGGGAGCUUUAUGGUUAUUCUAAAAGGAGAUCUAAUCGGCUACAAAAUUGACGUCCUAAAUCAUCUUGACUCUAUUUGAACCAAGGCACGGUCUAUUGUGGAAUGAACAGAAUGCGAAUAUCAGUAGACAUCAACGGGCAUUAUCUGCAGGAAGUAACCACGAAUGAAUUCAAAAAUUUUGUAUUCAUAACAUCAAAGUUAAUUUAUAAUUUAGUUUCCAAAUAUACUUUAUUCAAGGCUUAGUGUAAGUUUUACUAUUCUAAGUGUGUGAAAAGUUAUAUCCUAAAUGCUUUGCCCUACCAUGAAAUAAUUAUAUUGUGAAGACUAACAACCUUCUACGAACACUUCCUUAUAAGGUUGUGAAUUUAAUACAAAAAAAGAAA